AUGUUUGUCAGCAAGAUGGUAGCAGCUCGGCUCGGUGCGCAUGGAGCUCUCGCACACCCCCUCAUAUCCCUCUCCGUCCCUGCCAGACGACUCCUGUCCUCAGCAGCAACCAGGCGAUUUACUCCAGCAUGUACUGCUCUUACAGCCGCGUCGUCUCAUCUGUCUCUAUCCUCCUCCUCCCCUUCUUCCCGACUUGAACGUCGCCAUUAUUCCCCCCAAUUGCCGCCGCAUCUCUCCACCCGCUCGACCGUUGUCCAGCUACUGAGCAACAUUGGGUCCAAGAGGGAGGUCCAGCAGUACCUAUCCCACUUCACUUCUGUCUCUUCGCAGCAGUUCGCCGUCAUCAAAGUUGGCGGGGCCAUCAUCACAGAGCAUCUGCAGACUUUAUCGUCUGCUCUUGCCUUCCUCAACCAUGUCGGGCUCUAUCCGAUUGUCGUCCACGGCGCUGGGCCACAGCUGAAUAAAAUGCUUGAAGCUGCCGGAGUAGAACCGCAAUUCGAAGACGGGAUCAGGGUUACGGAUGGGAAGACGCUGGCGCUUGCGAGGUCGUUGUUCCUGGAGGAGAAUCUGAAAUUGGUGGAGGAGCUGGAGAGUCUGGGUGUGCGGGCUCGACCGAUUACCACGGGCGUCUUCUCGGCGGACUAUCUUGACAAGGAAAGGUAUAACUUGGUCGGCAAGAUUAAUGGCGUUAACAAGGCUCCCAUUGAGGCUGCAAUUAACGCUGGAUGCCUGCCCAUCUUGACUUCCAUGGCUGAGACACCCGAGGGUCAGAUUCUGAAUGUCAACGCGGACGUGGCUGCUGGUGAGCUUGCGAGGGCGCUGCAGCCGCUGAAAAUUGUCUAUCUUGCGGAGAAGGGAGGGUUGUUUAAUGGUGAUACUGGCGAGAAGAUCUCUGCCAUUAACCUGGAUGAGGAGUACGAUCAUCUGAUGAAGCAGUGGUGGGUGCGUCAUGGCACCAGACUAAAGAUCAAAGAAAUGAAAGAGCUGCUUAUGGAUCUUCCUCGAACGUCCAGCGUGGCUAUCAUCCAUCCUGCGGAUCUGCAGAAGGAGUUGUUUACGGAUACCGGAGCGGGGACUUUGAUCCGCAGAGGCAACAAGGUUCAUAUCAAAUCUUCCCUGGAUGAGUUUGAGGACAUUAAAUUGCUUAAGAAUGCCCUCGUCCGUGACCGUGAGGGAUUGGAUGCCAAAGCCACCGUUGAUAGAUAUGUGGAGUCAUUGAAAAACAGCGAGUUCAAGGCCUACCUGGACGAGCCUAUGGAAGCGCUAGCUGUGGUUUUGCCUCCAAAGCCUGGCUCGUCUCUUGCUCAAUUGACGACUCUCAGCAUUACCAAGGCUGGAUGGCUGAAGCAAGUUGCGGAUAAUGUUUUUGCCAGUAUCCAGAAAGACUUCCCCAAGCUCGUCUGGACCGUUAAUGAGAAUGAUGAAAACCUAACAUGGUUCUUUGACAAAGCCCAGGGGAGUUUGAGCCGCGGUGGUCAAGUGCUCUUCUGGAGUGGUAUUGAAAGCGGUGACGAAAUCAAAGAGCUCAUCGCGGAAUUCAGCAAACAUGGCAGCGACAUGCUUGGCGGUAAUGCUCUCGAGUCCAAGUUCCAACAGGCUGCACAGGCUGCGUCCGGACAGCCCGUCGCCCCUGGACUAGCAGGCCAACAGAAACGCACAUUCUCAACCUCUCCCGCGUCGAGCAUCCUCCGUGCGGAAAGACAGCGACCAUUUGGCGCUGGUAACUACCAGUCUUCUCGAUCAUAUACUACCACCAACCCAAACCCCCCUCUUGGCCAGAAAAAUGUGUCGAACACCAAGCCCUCCAGUGUAGCCCUUAUCGGCGCGCGGGGAUACACGGGACGCGCUCUCAUCAGUCUUAUGAACGAACACCCACACAUGGAUCUCCGACACGUCUCUUCCCGCGAACUCGCCGGCCAAGAGCUGCAAGGUUACAGCAAACGAAAAAUCAUCUACGAGAACCUCAGCGCCGACGAUGUACGGCGUAUGGCCGAGAAUGGCGACGUCGAUUGCUGGGUGAUGGCGUUGCCCAACGGCGUCUGCAAGCCGUUCGUCGACGCCAUCGACCAGGUCGACAAGGAGAAAGCCGUCAUCGUGGACCUCAGCGCUGAUUACCGGUUUGACAGCAGCUGGACCUACGGCCUGCCCGAGCUAGUGAGCCGUGCCUCCAUCGCUCAAGCGCUCCGCAUUUCCAACCCGGGCUGCUACGCCACGGCUGCCCAAGUAGGCAUCGCGCCCCUUGUUCCGCACCUUGAUGGGCGACCCACUGUUUUCGGUGUGUCUGGGUAUUCGGGGGCGGGGACGAAGCCCAGUCCGAAGAAUGAUGUCGAGCACCUUACCAACAACCUCAUCCCGUAUAGUUUGACCGACCACAUCCACGAGCGGGAGAUUAGCACACAACUUGGCGUUGAGGUUGCGUUUAUUCCUCAUGUCGCGUCGUGGUUCCAGGGUAUUCAUCACACCAUCAACAUCCCCCUAAAGGACACAAUGUCAUCCCGUGACAUCCGUAAUCUCUACCAGGAUAGAUACGCUGGCGAGAAGCUUGUCAAAGUCGUUGGCGAGGCGCCACUUGUGAAGAACAUCGCCGGUCGCCACGGAGUUGAGGUUGGAGGCUUCGCAGUCCACUCGGGAGGGAAGAGGGUGGUCGUUUGCGCCACGAUUGAUAAUCUGCUGAAAGGAGCAGCAACUCAAUGUCUUCAAAACAUGAAUCUCGCACUUGGAUAUUCAGAAUACGAAGGCAUCCCGUUGGACUAA